UGAGCGGAGCAGCAUGAAGUUGGAUCUGGCUGCAGCUUUGACCCUCUUACUUGCCUUCAUAUCACCAGUCUGGUGUCAGCAGGCUGUGAACUGCAGAUGGGGGUCUUAUGGACAGUGGUCCGAGUGUGACGGCUGCACCAGGACCAAGGUGCGAACUCGCCACGUGGAGGUUUACGCCCAGUUUGGCGGCUCGCCGUGUUCGGGGGAAGCCACAGAAACGCAGUCGUGUGUCCCGCAGAAAAGCUGUCCCCUGGGAACAGGCUGCGGAGGAAGGUUCCGCUGCACCUCUGGUCAGUGCAUCCGCCAGUCUCUGGUGUGUAACGGAGACCAGGACUGCAGGGACGGUCUGGACGAGCGAAGCUGCCACCAAGACGAUGGCCACUACUCGUGUGACCUCGACAAAACGCCUCCCAACUCUGACUUCACGGGUCGAGGGUACGACGUGCUGACGGGGAAACUGAGGGCCGGCGUCAUCAACACUCUGAGCUUUGGGGGACAGUGCAGGAAGGUGCUCAGCGGCGACCACAAAGUCUUUUACAGACUCCCAGAGAACAUCCUCAGAUACAACUUUGAGGUGACAGUGAACAACGAUGAGAGCGAUGAGUCCUACGAGAGCUCCUGGUCCUACAUGCAGCACAUCCAGUCCAACGCCUUGUGGGGACACGACCGCCGAACCUUCCACAAAGAUCUCACCGAAAACAAGGCCCACAGGCUGAUAAUCCUGAAGAACAAAGUGGAGCUGGCCCAGUUUCAAAACUCUGCCCCCGAGUAUCUGGCGCUGUCCGAAGGCUUCUGGAAGGCCUUGUCCUCGCUGCCCGUCACCUACGACUACUCGGUUUAUCGCCAGCUGCUGCAGCAGUACGGCACGCAUUACCUCUCCGAAGGUUCGCUGGGAGGCGAAUACCAAGCCCUGCUGGAGUUGGACCGAGACGCGCUCCAAUCAUCCAGCACCACAGACAUCGAGUACCAGAGGUGUUGGAAAAAAGUGAAGCGACGUUUCUUCCGGAAGAAAGUCACGACCACCUGUGAAAAACUGACAAAAGCUUUCUCAUCCAAACAAGGACACAAUGUCGCCACGAUGCCCAUCAAGGUGAACAUCUUCGGAGGAGAUCCGGCCUUCAUAGCGGGUCUGUCUCGUCUGGAUCUGGAGAACCCCGAAGCUAACGGAGAAAUCUACGAUAACUGGGCGUCGUCCGUCAAAGACUUUCCUGAAGUCAUAGACCAGAAGCUGCGUCCGCUGUAUGAGCUGGUGAAGGAGGUUGACUGUGCAGGACUGAAGAAGCUCCACCUGAAAAGAGCCACAGAGGAAUACCUGUCCGAGGAGCAUCCCUGCCACUGCCGGCCCUGCCAGAACAACGGCCAGCCGCUGCUGACCGGAUCCGAGUGUCGCUGCGUCUGCCGGCCGGGAACCUCCGGACGGGCCUGCGAGAGGGGGGCAGUGAUCGGAGAGCAGCCAGGGGUGAUCCAUGGCAGCUGGAGUUGCUGGUCCUCCUGAGGAAGCUGCUCUGGAGGUCAAAAGUCAAGAACCCGAAGCUGCAACAACCCGACGCCCAGCAGAGGCGGGAACCACUGCAUCGGACCGCAGACGGAGCAGAAGCCCUGCGAGGAUGCAGACAUCCAGUAUUUACAGAUGAUGGAGCCUCAGUGCUUCAGUCUCUCUGUAGCUCCACCUAAAACCUGUGGGCCGCCUCCAGCCCUCAGGAAUGGAUUCAUUCAGAAUCCCAAAGACUUUUACCUGGUGGGGAACACGGUGUCGUACACCUGCAUAGACGGGUUUUACCUCACUGGAAACGCUGAAGCCAGAUGUGCUGAAAACCAGAAGUGGAGCUCAGAAGCGAUGGUUUGUAAAAGUUCCACGUGUGGGAUUCCUCCAAUCAACAGCUUAGUUACAGCCACGCCCACCAAAGCAGCCUAUCAGAUCGGGGACAGCGUGUCCUUGUCCUGUCCGGUCGGGUCGGUUCUCGUCGGCGAGGCGUCCAAGAUUAUCUGCAACCCCAGCCUGCAGUGGUCCCCGUCUCCUGCUGGUGCUCAGUGUACAGCAGCGCCUACAGCUCCUUCUCCUCCAGCCGGCCUGAAGUGCAAAGUCUGGGAGACGGCAGGAAAAACCGAGUGCGUGUGCAAAAUGCCGUUUCAGUGCUCGACGUCUCUUCAGCUGUGUGCCACGCUGGGCUCCGGUCAGCCUCGUUUGCUGGGCGUUUGUCAGCUCGGAGCGCUGCGAUGUAUGGGCCGGAACUUCACCUUAGCCAGCGACAGCGACUGUCAGUGGCCAGAGGAGGCGUUCACGUCCUGCGAGGCCUGCAAACCAGGAACAGUCUGUCGAGAAUCAGCGAGACAAUGCGUAUGCCAGAGUGCAUCAGCGUGCCCUGCAGGCUCGGCCCCGCUGUGUGUCCGGUCCGGUACUGAUGCUGUUACUAUGACUGAAUGUGAGGUUGGAGCCAGAAGAUGUGCCGGGCAGCAGGUCAGCGUGAUCGGUAUCGAUACCUGUCCAGAGUAAAGAUGUUCAUCAUCACUGAGCGUUUUCACACUGGAGCUUUUUGUCUUAAAGAUGAAGUAGGCAGUAUUUAUUUUUGGCACCACUUACCAGAAACCAUUUAUCCAUCUAUCUGUUAACUACACCUGCUUUAUCCUGUAAGAGGUGGCAGAUAACAAUGGAGACCUGGUUGAUGAUAGGGCUGCUAACUUUAUUAGCAUGUUUUAAUUCAAAUGGUCUGACAGGAAACUAGGCCCCCUUUUGGUUUCAUUUUCAGGCUUUAGAAAGAUGGGGGGCUUUAUCCAAUCAUAGGUCUGUUCAAAGAGACAAGGUGAGAGGGUUUCAA